UGACAGCUGAAGCAUCUCUAUGUACUUUAUUUUCUUCUUAUCAAUACGCACAGUAAGCUUUUCCCUUUCUAUGCCAUAGUUGUCUCAUGGUACUCAUGCUCCUCCAUUGAAGUAAGAAAAAAAAGAUUGGGGGUUAAUUCUUCAAUAAUUAUCAAGGCUUCCUUGAUUCAGUUGGGCUUCUACGACGCCACAAUCCACAAAUAGAAAGGAGUUUAUCUUUUAGUACUGGCUAAUGGAAGGAUAAUCUAAGCGGUCUUGGAAGAAGUGAAUGGAUUCGUUGUCUUUUCCCUCUCAUCUCAGUUUGAGGAGCUCAACCAGUGCAUACCCAGCUAGAAAACCUGGAACUGCAGUUCCUGCAUUUGUAAAAUUGCACAAGGGUCCUCCAAAAUCCAGAUAUUUACCGCAAAGGUAUCGUAUGGCCACUGCGAAUAGGGAGGGGUUGAAUGGGAUUGAAGAAGGCGAUGGAGUGAUAAUUGUGGAUCAUGGGUCCCGCAGAAAAGAGUCCAAUAUUAUGCUAAAUGAAUUUGUAGCAAUGUUUAGAGAGAGAACCAAAUACCCCAUUGUGGAGCCUGCACACAUGGAGCUAGCAGAACCAUCUAUCAGAGAUGCGUUUAGUUUAUGCGUUCAGCAAGGAGCACGUCGAGUUAUUGUGAGCCCCUUUUUCCUUUCUCCUGGACGACAUUGGAACCAGGAUAUUCCUUCUUUAACAGCUGAAGCUGCAAAGGAGCAUCCAGGAAUAUCAUAUGUCAUUACAGCACCUCUUGGCCUUCAUGAAUUACUUGUGGAUGUUGUGAAUGAUAGGAUCGAUCAUUGUUUAAGUCAUAUUGCCGGGAAAGCAGAUGAGUGUUCAGUUUGUGCUGGAACUGGAAAAUGUCAGCUUCGCCAGUGACAUAAUUUUGAAGCUUAGCAAGACUUUUUUAUGUAGAGAGAAUCUGUUGCUGAUGCCAGUUGCCUUAGUUGGAUCUGGAUGCUGAGUUACUGCCGCUUGACAGUAUGUUCAAUUAUCUUCCACUACUCGAGCAUCUAAGUUACCACAAGGAAUUUGAUAUUUGCGAGUUAGUAAUAGCUUUCAAAUACAAAUAU